UGAACCUUUGCUAGCAAUUGUUGAUAAACCUACUAAAUGAACUUUGUAAUACUAACCAAGUAUCAUGAAUGUACUUAACUAAGGCAUCGUGAAAAACAACACGUCAACGUUCAGAUAUUGAUACAUAUAAGUUCCUAUACGAGAAAAAAGAAGAUAGACAACCGAGAAUAUUAGAAUCAGAUUGCAAUCGCAGAAGUACGCUGGUAAUAAUAGGAUGACUGAAAUAAGCACAGAAAAGAUUCCUUUAUUUGAUCCUUCGGAGUGGAGACCUGAGCACAAAGAGCAGGAGUUAUUCCGGAACUAUGAGGAAGGUGCGUUGAUCGACCGUGUAAAGAAGACUUACUACGAGAUGCAUACUAACCAAACAGUGGACUUUGUCAAUGAGAAGAUGGAGAAAUGGGGAAGGUUUAAUCAUGCAGAACUGACCAUAAUGGAGGCUUUGGAUAAGCUAAAUGCAUUAGUGGACGAGAGUGACCCUGAUGUUGACCUCCCAAAUUCCGUCCACGCCUUUCAAACGGCAGAGAGAGCAAGGGAGGCGCAUCCAGAGAAAGAUUGGUUCCAUUUGGUCGGUCUUAUACAUGAUCUUGGAAAAGUCAUGGCCCUUUAUGGAGAGCCACAAUGGUGUGUUGUUGGGGACACGUUCCCUGUUGGCUGUGCAUUUUCGAAUAACAUAGUAUUCGGCAAAGAGAGCUUCAUGGAUAAUCCUGAUACCAAUAACAGUGCUUACAGUUCCGAACUCGGAAUAUAUACAAAGAAUUGUGGAUUGGACAACGUCAAGAUUUCAUGGGGACACGAUGAAUAUCUUUACCAAGUGCUGAAAAAUCACCCUGGAUGCAAGAUUCCUGAAGAGGGCAUGUAUAUGAUACGAUACCACUCCCUAUACCCAUGGCAUACAGCAGGGGAUUACCAACACCUGGCAAAUAACAAGGAUGGAUCGAUGUUGAACUGGAUUCUUGAGUUUAAUAAGUUUGACCUGUACAGCAAAUCGGAGGUUAUUCCUGACAUCAACAGUCUAGUUCCGUACUACCAGAGUCUCAUCGAUAAGUACGUCCCAGGUGUUAUAAGAUGGUAAUCUCGCAUAAUCUCGUGCACGUGAUUAUCAAGUACCUAAACGAUAUAAUAUCUACAAAUGCAAAAUGUACAAUAUAUGCAUGUAUUCCUAACAAAUGGACCAUUAAUUAAACUGUUCAGAGGAGUUGAUGUCAAAAUAGCAUGAAAGAUUGGGCGUUGUAGAAAUGGAGAACCUUGUGUUUAUAUUAUACUAAAUCUACAAGUGUUCUUUGAUGGGAGCCUUUAUAAGAUUGCUUGUGUAUCAUAGCUUAGAAAUUUAUAUGUUACAGUACACUCUCUAAAAAUUUGUGACCAAAAGCCGCGUUUCUGACCAUGUACAUAAAUGGGGAAUUCGGUCAGGUACGUUACUUAA